GCACAACUUCAGUCCCAACAAAACUUUCGAGCCGUAAAGUCGUUGCAAACGUGUCAAGCGGAAACUGAGUUUUUGAUCUGCGCUUUGAGUCGUUCUCAUUUUUCUGUCUAACAUAAUUAUUAAUAUUGUUUGCCAAAAGGAUACGCAGCGAAAAACAAAAGUCUAAGCCAACGAACGUGCCACACAAUGAAGACGCCCCACACAAAGGAAGCUCUGACAGCGCUUUGGCUGCUGUUCAUUGCGUUGCUACUCACACAGGUUGCCGCACAGGAACCGCCAGCAGCUCCCAGCGAAUUUGCUCCCCAUGUCACAGCCACCUGCAAAGCGGGCACAAUGAACAUCAAGGUGAAGUUCAGCUCUGGCUACACGGGCGCUGUCCAUGCGCGGGAUCAUCGCACACAACCCUGCAUGGCCAUGGGCGAUGGCAGCGAUUCGGUUGCCUUCAGUCUCAAUCUGUGGGCAAAGCAAGGAGCACCCGACUAUUGCGGGAUCUUGGUCAGCAACGUGAGUGGAAGCAAUCGCACUGAGGAACGUUCUAUUCAACUGGCGGUGCGUGUGCAUAAAACUCUGGAACUGGCGGAUGAUAAAUUUUAUGUGAUUACCUGUGGCAAAUCGGGAUUCACUCGUGAUGACAAUGCCCAUGUUGUGAUCAAGUUUCUGGAAAAUGAUCAUCGCGUGCGUGAUGCAGUCUAUGGGCGUGAAUAUAAACUACGCGUUGAGUUCUCCAAGCCAAAUGAUACCUACAGCCUACGUGUGGGCAAUUGCUUUGCCUUCGACAAAAAAAAUAUGACCCUCAAGUUGACUGAUGACCGCGGCUGUCCCAUCGAACCCGAUCUUAUGAGUCGCUUUGUGCCCACUUCUGAUGGCCGUGCAGCAGAGGCAACAGUUACAUCCAUGUUCAAAUUUCCCGAAGGAACUGAAGUCCAUCUGCAAUGUGAUGUCAUUCAGUGUUAUGGUCGGUGCGUUGAGAUUGACGAUUGUCACGAGGUUGCUCUAGCCGGUUUCACCAAGGGCGGCAAUGGGCCACGUCAAUAUGGACCUAAUGAGGAAGGAUCCAGCAUUGCGGCCACAACGGUAUACGUUUUAGAUCCUGCUGAAGCCAGACUAUUGGCACCGUCUUGCGAGGAAGGUGUACGACCAAGCUGGUUGCUGUGGCUGACCAUUACCCUAGGAGUUCUGUUCCUUAUCAUGCUGCUGAUGAAUAUUUUCCUCUGCACUGCCAUGAGUUGCAGUUGUGCCAACACUGAGAUCAUUGAGAAGGAGCCCUCUAUCAUCGAAGAGUACGAUCCUUAUCGCAGUUGGCAUGGCAGUCAGUAUGGCUCCCGCUAUUCGCUGCAUGGCCGCGAUGCGCAUAAGGGCUAUACUAGUGGCGGCUCAACGAUACACUCUAAUAGGUCUGAUAGAUAUUAAGCCGAUAUACAAAAUACACACAUGCAAAUACACAUACACAAAAGCUCGAAUCUACACUCGAUAUGCAUCUGUUCUGUUCUCACAAUACUUUUCUCUGGUAGCUGUGGAGCCAACACACAAACAACCACACACAAACAUAUUUAUAUAUAUAAAGCAUGCUUACAAAGCCUUGUAUCGUAUCUAUGUAUCGUAUUUUGUUCUACUCGUAUCUUUUGUUAACUCUACUGAAGUGACCGCUCUGCUGGAUAACAACUACAACAAUGCAACACAACCUGUGUUCUCAAAAAAAAACAAAAAAAAAAGAAACAAAAGAAAUAUCAGAAAAGAAUAUGCAUUUUUCAUGCCUAGUAUUGCAACUGUAAUUAACCGUUGAUAACUUUCGUUUGUCUGUAUCAAAACUAACUUUACAAAAUAAUUAAGCUGAUCAAACUAUAUAUAGAACGUACAAUUUUGACCUGAUCCAUACCCAGAAAAACUAACAAUUCACUAUUACAAAUUUGCUAACUAAACUGUCAAGUACAUUUUGAUACGCCUACAUUUAUAAAUAUAAUUAAUUGACCAUUGAUUCUGUAUUAAAUCGCACUACUUCGAAGGUCUAUACCAAUUGAUAACGAUUAUGCAAUUGUACAUUCACGACCCGGCUCUAGACAUUCCUCCACGUUGCAUGGACAGCGUGCGCAUCGCGGACCGCCCAGUAAUAUUUAAAAAGAAGCUAUAUAUAAUUAAUUCAUAAGUCAAUUGUGACAGUUUCAAUGCUUAACUUACACACUUAAAUACUUUAGCAUAUUGGAGAAUAAUUAUUUUAUCUUCAUUUUCUCGACUAAGCUUACAAUGUACAUAUAUAACUCAAAGUGUUCAUUCAAUUUUUUCCAAAUUCUUUCAUUGGAAGUGAUUCUGCUGUAAAAUACUAAAUGAAAAAUCAAUAAUUUAACAUUAAUUAAAGAUAAUAUAUUGAGAAAUAACAAAUAACCGUAAGUCAUUAGAAUGUCAUAAGUGGAAGUGAAUGUGUACUAGUGUUAGUGUUAAACAUCGAUGUAAAAACGAGAAAUCCAUUCACAAAAUUUCUAAAACAGAAUUAGUCCUAAGUACUAAGAAACCAUUUCGAAUUGUUUAACGUUAAUCAUAAGAACUGUAAUAAAUUUUAAAAUAAAAAAAAAUGACCUGUAACUUAAAAUCAUGUUAUUCAAUACCGUAAUAAAGUAAUUACAACUCAAUAAA